GGAGUGUAAUAGGAAAUUACUCCACAAAUGAAUUUGUACGCCAGUGGAUAGAUAAAAUAAAGACCUAUUAGAAGGCUGCAUAAAACAGACACGAAAUGAUUAAUACGAAACUGACCUUCCAUUUCAACUGAUUAAUCUUUUUUUUUAUAGUAUAUAACAUGUUUGACGCUAGGUGGAGCUUGUAGACAAUCCGAUGACCCAAAUCGAAGAAGAGAAAGCAUGGCUGGAAAUUUGAGUAACAGCGUUGUGUCCUUAAGCAGCUCUCUGUCCAGACUGCAGGCCCUCAACGGAGUUUUUCCCGUGUUUAAAAAAGAAGGACCUACAUCUGCCGAUGUGCUGAACGCGCUCAAAGAGGCAUUACUGAGAGAGGCGGGGGUCACCAAUCCCAAUCCGAGGAAAAGGAAGAAGCAAUGUAUGAAGAUGGGUCACGGAGGAACCCUGGACAGCGCUGCCAGUGGGGUGUUAGUGGUUGGUGUUGGAAAUGGAACCAAAAUGCUCAGUGCAAUGUUGGCUGGGUCAAAGAAAUAUACUGCAGUGGGUGAACUGGGGAAGGCCACAGACACUCUUGAUGCCACUGGGACUUUGACCCUGGAGAAACCCUUUGGACACGUCAGCAGGGCAGACAUGGAGGAGAAGCUGAAGAGCUUUGUCGGUGACAUCCUGCAGGUACCCCCACUCUAUUCUGCACUGAAGAAGGAUGGGCAACGUUUGUCUGUACUGCUGAAACAGGGACAGAAAGUGGAGGCUAAACCUGCUCGAACAGUUACUGUCUAUAACAUAUCCCUGCAAGACUUCAAUCCUCCACUGUUCACUCUCGAUAUUGAAUGUGGAGGAGGUUUUUAUGUCAGAAGUUUGGUGGACGACCUUGGAAAAGCUUUAUCAUCCUGCGCCCAUGUGAAAUCCCUGACCAGGACCAAACAGGGCCCAUUCACGCUGGAGGGCGUCCUUCAUGAGGACCAGUGGACAUUGGGACAUAUUCUGAAAGUGCUUCAGACUUGUCCUGGUACAGAUCAGACAACGGCAGCAAAUUUGGAGGCCAGCCCUGGCACAGACCAAAACAGUGCUCUCUGAUGACAGUGCCAGCACACACUAUGUAACUAUAGGGCUGGACACGCUAAAUGAAUGAAAACCAUAUACAGGAGAAUCACACAUGAUGGGACAUUUCAUAAUCGGUUGUUUAUUAAUUGUGCAAACUUGUGCAUUUUGAGUUUUACCUUAAAAACUUAUGACUUUUCAUUGAAAGAAAUACUGGCUCCUACAUUAAUAGUACUGUAUGUUAUUAAAAAGGAUUUGAAAUAUA